AUGACUGAUUCAACAUCGAUCUCUUUCACCACUUCAAAUCGAGGCAAACCUUUGCUAAUUUAUUCAGGAUAUAUUUUUCGGCUUAAAAAAUCAACGGUGAAAGUAAAGUAUUGGACUUGUCAUUCGGAUGGCUGUGUAGCUAAUGUUCACACAGACAAAAAUGACCAUUUCAUUAAAUCUAAUGGUCAGCAUCAUCAUAUACCUGAACCUGAACAAAUUGAACUUAGAAAUUUAAAAAGAAAAGUCAAAGAAAGAGUAAAAACUGAAACAAGUUCUAUAUCUAAGAUAUAUGAAGAAGAAUUAGCUCGUUCUAAUCUUUCUUCUACCGCUUUAACACUUGCAUCUACUGCUGCUGAAGGAAAAUCUGGUCUUAAUCGUGUUCGUCGAAAAACAACACCACCUAUACCAACAUCAGCAGAAUUUGAUAUUCCUGAAUUUUAUUCUCAAACUCUUGAUGGUACACAGUUUUUUCCAACAGCUAUUCACCAUGGUUGUUUUUUUCAUUAUUGUCAGUCAUUGUAUAAAAAUGUUAAAUCACUGGGUCUUUCGACUAGUUACCUUGAAGAUGAAGAUACACGUUUAGCUUGUCGAACGUGGCACAACCGGUUCAAUAAUCGAGUUGAAAAGCAUCAUCCUAACAUGUGGCAUUUUCUUGAAUGUUUAAAACGGGAAGAAUUAUUAUUUCGUCAACAAUUAGGAAAAUUAAAUGCUGGUAUUCCAAAAAAAACAAGUAGUAAUGUCUGUAUUAGUCAAAAGCAAAUUGAUACACUAACUGAACGAUACGAACAAGAACAAAUUACUUUAAUUGACUUUCUCUAUGGACUAUCUACACUUGUUGCUAAACGUUCUACAAAAUCACUUUGA